UAUUCUGUCUUAAACAAACGAGUUUAAUGAAAAGUAACAAUAUGAAGAAGUAAGUUUAAGUAGACUCAUAUCAUCUAUUCGCGGCUUUUAUGGUUCCAAAAGCGAGUUCGUUGCCCACAUCCAUCUGAAUCUACAUAUGGCGACACGUCAGUCCGAUCUCCUCCUCCUCUACACAAGCACCUGCUCGCACACACACACCUCCAACUGAUAGACUACCAGCGCGAGGCUGCGGCUGCACGCAAAGACCGAGCGAACAUUUCUACACUGGAGUCGGAGGUUGGAAACGCGUCAUACGCAGCGCGUACCUACAUAGGCGCGAUAGAUGCGAAUUUCGUUCUCAUUGAAUACGGUGUUCUCAGUUCAGAGCCGUGAGGUAUUUCAUUAACGGACUGUCACUGCUGUGAAUGGAUUUGAUGGAUCACCUAUCCCGUGCAUUUUUCCUCGAAGAGGGCCAUUCAGCGCUCUUCUUCGCAAAGCUUACCUCUUUGUCUUAUUGAAAUGAUUUUGGAUAACGCUCGGUAAAACACCUGCUUGAAAACAGCGCACUUAUCCUCAGUGAGGCAUCGUGAGCUUCCUCGUGUAACGGGAUAAUGGUCUGUGCGUCUUGGCAACACGCUAUGCAUUCAUCUUUACUUUGUGGAUGUCGGAGUGACUAAACCCAGAGGUGUCUUGUAAUCCCGAAGCCCGCUGAUUUAACCCAAGUUUUGGUUAAUUUAAACUGUUUAGUCGUGACCAUGCCCGUCAGUGCAAUGCCGAGGGGUCGGUCUCUGAGCCCAGUAUCUCUGUCCCGCAGUCUCUCCCGGCUGAGGGAGUUUCGGACCCGGACUCGCAUCAUGCUUUCUCUGGGAGUUUCACAGAUGGUGCUCGGGAGUCUCAUUUUGGCUGUCAGUUUCGCCGCUUUGGCCCUUACUACAUCUCCGAGGGUGAGACAUUCGUGUCCUUUUUGGGCAGGAUUCUCGGUGCUUUUGUCUGGACUGAUUGGAGUGGUGUCAUGGAAAAGGCCCCUUUCUUUGGUGAUAACUUUCUUCAUGUUGUUGUCUGCUGUGUGUGUGAUGCUGAACCUCGCAGGAGCCAUCCUUUCCUGUCAGAAUGCCCAGUUGGUCAACUCUCUGGAGGACUGUCAGCUGAUCAAAUUUGACAGUGAUGGUGUGUGUGUCUGCUGUGAGCUCGAGCACCAGAAAUCUACCUGUAAUAAUCUGGGAGAUACACUUAAACUCAACCCACUGAGGGACUGCAACACCAUACGCCUCCGACUGAAGGAGCUGCUUUUCAGCGUGUGUGCACUGAAUGUUAUCUCCACCAUUGUGUGUGCUCUGGCCACUGCCGUGUGCUGUAUGCAAAUGGUUUCUACUGAUUUACUACAGAUGUUCAUGCCACACAGAGCACGUGCCCUGAGUGCUGACUGUAUGACCCCUCAUGGUACCAUCUUACACCAGACGCUGGACUUUAACGAGUUCAUCCCACCCAUCCCGCCUCCUCCCUACUAUCCCCCAGAGUACACCUGCACACCUGUAAUGGAGGGCCAGAGAGGGUUGCAUCUGGACUUUCCACACUCUCCCUUCAGUGCUAUUUAUGGGGUGCCUAUUAACAGCCCUGGGGCUCUAUAUCCAUCUGAGCUGCCACCACCCUAUGAGUCUGUCGUGGGACAGACACCUGCCAGCCAGAUCACCACCAGUCUAGAGCAACAGGUCACCGAGUCCAGUCUGUGUGAAAGGAACACCACCGCUGGCCUUAGCACUCAGGCCUCUGUUGAUAGUGCUUCCCUUAUGGUGUCCGAGACUGCAGACAUCCCCGAUCACAGUUGUUCUUCUGAAGACCUGUGUUCUCUAGAGGUACAGGGCUCUGAUUCCUCUCCGUAUGGUACUUUGCGCAUCGUACCUACCGACGGCAGCUGCACAAGCCUGGAACACAGCACCCACUCUUCCCUGAGGCGUCAGACCCCUUCUCGACUGGACCGCAGCGAGUCCUCCGUCACGCACCACUCUCCACAGUUGUCACCCGAUGCCGUUAACGUGCCCGAGAAGGAGGAGAUUACAGCCGUUAAACCCAUGUCUCGCACACAGCACAGAGAACGAACCAAUAAGAAGCUUACCCUUCUAUUCCCUCCAAGCACUCCAUCCCAAUGUGCUUCCAACUCAGCAGUGACCUCCACUGCCGGUGCAGCUUCUGCCCUGACCCCCUCCAUCUGUACCUUGCCGUCACCCACCGCUCAGCUGAGGGGAACCCGGCUCUGCUUCAGCGUCUGGUCUCCAUCCUCCUCUUCCUCACAGCCCCAUGCUACCUCUACCCUGAGCAACUCCAGCCAACGUGAGCGGCCCCGCACACUCCGUGCCACCAAAGGGUAUCGGAAGCUGGCGAGGAUUGUGCGUUCCACUAGUGAACCCACAUCCUGUACUUCCAUGUCUAGAAGUGACCGUUGUGCUCCUGCUUCUAUCCAUCCACCUGAGGACUCCCCGCAGACUCCCUGUGAUCAAGCAUGCAUGGAGCUCUCUGAAAGCACCCGACAGACUUCCGCCAAACACAGCAGCCAAGGGGGCAAAAAGCAGAAGGACGGUGGAAAGGUGGACCUCCAACUCAAACCUCACAUCCCUCACUCAAUGUCUACAGAACGGCAGCAAUCUCUCGCAGACCUCAAGACUUACAAAGACACCAAAGUGCUGGUGGCCAAGUUUCUGGAGCACUCGAGCUGCAGUCUACCUCCAGAGGUCCAGCAGGUGGUCAACAGCAUUAAAUGUGUUAUUAAAUCUGAUGAGAAACACAUGGAGGAGGCCAUAUUCAGUGCCAAUAUCAUUGAUCAGUUGAUGACACAGUCACGGAAGAUCAUGGGCAGCCCGAGGAAGAAUGCUCACGAAGAUCUGCAUUUACAGAGCUGCGGAGCUCUGAGUUCCCCAUCUUCAUCCGUGCGCCGUCCACUCAGAGGAUCCAGUCAGACAGAUGUCCCUGCCACCCUGGGUCAUCAGUCUCCACGCCAGCCUCAAAGUCUCAUCAGUGUAUGCCGAGAAACUACACUUUGACCCUCUGGACUACAAACACCCUUUUCCUCCAUAAACCUCUGAAUAUGUGCCAAGGCCAAGUCCUAACUCUCAUCAGCAGAAAACUGUAGCUCUUGAAAUACAAACGAAAUGUUAACAUGGAGUUGAAACUCCCUCGUAAUAAAGAUAUUCAAAAAAAUACCUGCAGAGGUAUAUAUUUUUAUUUUAUUGUCCGAAUUUUUUUGUUGUUGAAGUGUUGAAUUUGCUACUGUGCUAAACAGGAGAGUGGGUCUGUAAUGGACUGUAGAAGAUGACAUGGAAUUACCUCUUCACAUUUUUAAUGAGAAUUAAUAUUGAAAUGCACAGCAUUUUGUGAAAUAUUGGACAUACUGUACUUGGUCAUUGUGUGCCACUUCAGGACAGAGACCUUUAUGAAGCUGGAUUAUUCAACUUACCUCAGUGUGUAAUUAUUAUUUUCAGUGUUGCAAAAUAAAAAUGUGUCUGUUUGUA